GUACGUUUCUCGUUGUCUACUCACCUUUCAUGAUUUGAUCCAGGUCUUCUUUAUCAGGAACAAGAAGCACUGUUGGUAUCAUGUGAAGCGUGUUUCCAACUUUUUAGAACAUUUAUUUGAGUUUUGCUGGUAUAACAAAAAGAAGAAUAUAUAAAAAACCAUGUCAUCUUCCAGCGGAGACGUCUAUGGCGCGAUCAGCAAGGCUCGGCCAGCCUUAUCCGAGAAGGUUGAAAAAGUAAAGGAUUAUGCGAAUAGGAAGUUGUAUCAUCAACUCGUCGAAGAAUUCUCAACCUUGGUCCAAGAAUUUUUUGCUGCCGGAGGGGGUGCUAAUGUUAUGGAAUGCGAAUGUGAUUGUUCUGACAUCAUGCUUUGCUUAAUACGUGUCCAACCUUUAGUUUCUUAUUCUUCUCGUUCCCCUUGGCAAAUCGGACUCCUGAGCAGGACUGUGGUGAAAAAGUAGUGACUUCUCUCUCUUCUCACCCCCAAGAACUUCUUCUAAUAAGCACAGCAAACUCGUCUUGGUUCUCUUCGACAAGGAGAUCAAGCCGAUUGGAGGCAAGCUCAACCCCGUUAGUUACAUGGAGCUUGUGGGUUACCUGCUCAACUCCUGCUUCCCAGCUGGAGGCGCACAGAAGACGGAGAAGAUCACCUUCAUCGAAGACAACUUCAAGCCGUUCGACAUCUUCGAAGAUGAACCGGAGGCUUCUAGCAAGGAUGACAAAUCGAAAUCCAAGAAGGAUGGCGACAAGAAGGGAGAUGACAAGAAAACUAGUUCUUCCUCUACAGCAAACAUUAAGGCUUCCCCUAAUUCAAUUCAUCUUCAGACGAGGCAUCUCGAAGGUUGAAGUCUUGCUUCUUUCAUAAAGGUAGAAGGUAGGGCUGUUUUGUUUCUGAUCAGUAUCCUCAGUGCUUUUUAGUAGCAGAUGAUUUUGUUUCUGAUCAUGUAAGGUAGGUGGUAAAACAGGCCCGAGAUGUAGUCAAGAGUGUCUCGAGAAGAUGGCUUAGGGUGAGCUCUAAAACCGAGAGCAGUGGAGAUGUGGAGAUGAAAGACGCAUCGGCAACAACUUCUAGUGGCCCGAGUAAGAAGAAGAUCGGCAACCUUUCGCAUUACUCCAAAGCGGCAGAGGCAGACUUCUUAGAUGCGAAAGCGCUGUACUUGGCGCUCAAGGGCAACGUAUUGAUUGCAGCAGGCGACAUCGAAAAAGCGAAAGAGGCGGUGACUGACGACUUGACAGCACAACUGUUGAAGAAGCGCGUAGCAGUGUCGGUGAAACCGAAGGUGUUUUCGGCUUACCACAAGGCGUUGAUGAACGUUUACCAUGCAACGCAGAGUAGCUCAUUGUACUUUCUUAAGGUUUGCUUUUGAUGUCUGAGAUGUGAAUCAGUAUCCUCAGUGCCUUUUAGUAGCAGAUGAUUUUGUUUGUGAUCAUGUACAGAGAAAUCAAUGUUCCUGAUAUGACCCUCCGUCUACUCACAUGAUCUACCCUGCAACAUGCAUCUUAUCACACCAUGGACCACAGGUAUUACCAAGCCGGAGUCAACUACCUCCGCUACACACCUCUCGAGGAGGUGCUAAAUAAAUCGGAAUUAGCUGUGAAUCUAGGCAUCGCGGCCUUAGUAGCACCAGGCGAGUACAAUUUUGGCGAGCUGCUAGGUUUGCCAUUGUUUCAGACAGAGGAGGCACAGAAGCUGUGGAUUUAUGACCUCCUUUUCGCAUUUCAAGAAGGCAAAUAUGACUUGUACGAUGCGGCAAAGACGAAGUGGAAGGGAGAGGUACAGCUCUAGUUGUGGAUUUUGAUACGAUUAACUCGCCGUUUUUCGUAACUGAUGAAAAAAAUGGGGUAAAAAAUACAGACAGCAUUCAGACGACCAUUUCCUUCUCACAAUAAACCUCCACUUCUACAACUCCAUCACACCCUUCACUCCAACCCUAAAACCAGAUUUCCAAAGUUCCUAUUCUCGCGGAGAAGGACAAAAUCGUUUACGAGAAGUUUUGCGGCUCAGUUUUGAUGGAGUAUGCUUUUCGACAAGCCAAGGGCAAGAGGAAACUCUCCCUAGAGGAGCUCAAAAAACAGAUUCGGGUCGACGACGUUGAAACGCUUUUGAUCAACGCAAUGUGUGCAGGCCUAAUUAAGGGCACAAUCGAUCAGGUGGAUGGGACGUUUGCGUAUACUUGGGUAAAACCACGAGUCUUGGACAAGAAUAGGCUGAAGGCGUUGGAGGAAAGGGUACUUUUUAUGUAAUCAGGAUUGAAAGCUAGUUCUAGAUCUCAAGCGCCUGUCCUUCUUUGAUGUAUCUAGCAUAGCUCUUGCAAGUUUGAGGGCGCAGCAGGAGCCAGCGAAUUGCUGAAACCCAGUCGCUGUGCCGUCUUCGCCGUCGGUACAACUGCGCCCGCCUUCUUUCCCUGUGCGUACACUACAGCGGCACAGAACUGCCGCACCUCCUUACAAUCGCUCACCUUAAAGCCCUGGGGGCCGUAAGUAAGCGCGAACCACAUUGCGCCACCCGCCACGUAACGCAUCACAACGAACGCACGCCGCAGACGCUGAGAGGCGGCGCCCCUCGCCCGAUGGUUGCCGGCAAGGUUCCGACGCAGGCGCAGGGGCAAAGCUUUCGGAAGGGCAGACGGACGCCCGCACGGAAGCCAGGAGAGGGGCCAGGCAUCGGAGAGCACAGGCCCGCAACGCAGAGACAGACGGCGGGCGAAGCGUGGACCUUGGGCCGCUAUAGGUUUGACGGCAGCACUAGCCCACAGCUUCCAGCAGUUUACCCCGCAAAGUGACCAACUCAACAGUGAGCAAAAGGCGAGGGCCGCCAGCCUGGAGACUGGCCGGCCUUGCAAGGUGCUCGCGCUAUUCGUGCCGGAGAGAGCGGCGGGCCUUGCGUACGCUACGCGGGUGAACUUACUCAAAGCGGAGGCGCGCCCUUUAUCAUUUGGCUUCGCGUGAUGUCGGCGGCUUCUAUUGGGGCCCACCAGUGGCUUUCUCUGUGUGGUUUCGGCGCUCUCCGCAGCGUGGACAAAUUUUCUCGAAACGACAGCGGUCCAGCCGUUGCGCAUGCUGUGAAAAUACAGCUGCGAAGUUUGUCACUGUGCGCGAAUCUGCUCGCUGGUGUCUGCGAAUGCCUCCGUGGCUCCUUCGCUGGUGGCGUGGCAGAAUGGAAAAAGAAGGCGGCAGACGUUGAGGAGCGCGGGCUUCUUCAAGCUUUCCACAUCGGCUCGCGCAGUCUGUCGCUUCAUGGGUGCCGGUGCAGACCUGCGCGGCAGUCCGCAAGCCCACCGCAGGCGCUGCGGGUGUGAAAGGGGGUCGCGCUGUCUUGCGGGGUGUGUGCCCGCUGCUGCGUGCAGCCGUCUGGGCUGUGGGGGGGACAUGGCGAGGGGUUAGCCGCGGGGGCUUGGUCGUGCAUUUUACACAUAGGGAGAACGCAAGGAAGCCAUGGGGCAGGGAAGUGGCUGGGGGUGAACGGCUGAAAGGCUGCGGCCGCCGGUGGCUUGUUGCGCCGCGUCAGCCUGCCACUCGCUCGCGAUUGUAUUCCAUUCGGGCGCGCCCGAUUAUCUGCUUCGGCUUGGAUGGUUUCUGCUGUGAUGUUCGCUGCCUUUUCGUGUACCUGCACAUAGAUACACCCUGGCGACUACGUGGUGAGUGCCAUGGAUUCACUCGUGGGCUUUAUCGUUUGCUGCCUCGCUCUUCGCUCUUCUCGUCUUUUUCAAGAGACAGACUAAAGGUUUGAGCGGGUUCGCCCUACCCCUUUCCGCCCUUGUUAGGCUUUGCGCUGACUUCUACGGCCAUUAAUUCCGGCACGCUCGCUGUUGGAAGUGUUUUGUCUCGCCAUUUGGUUAGGAGUAGGUACUCGUCGGUCAGUGGGGCACCAUGGUGAUGCAAUGCUCAAAAACAACACAGGUAGGCCACUGGAUCGAUCAGCAGAGUGCCGUCUUGCGGCAGUUCGAAGAGCUUACGCCGGCGUUGUUGGUCACUGUGUAACCCGGCGUCGAUCGUAGUCGAACUGAUGUGCUGGCGAUUUUUUGAAGUUUUUUGAGUAGGAAAAAGACGCGGCUAACAUUUACUAUCCCAGUGGUAAUGAAAUAAACCACAACGUUGAAGAUGACGACUUGUGAUUCAAGCACAUCGAUCAAGAAGUGAGUAGUCCUCGAUCUGAAAACCAUCAAGAAGUGUGACGAGACCAUCCCAUUCAUCUUCAAUUUGGUCCUGAAUACAGAAACCCCAAGCACGAAGCGAAGAAACAGUCCCCACCCACCUACAAUAACCCUUGAUUGUGUAGCAAAUUUUUGCGACCUCGAAAUUAGUCAUGUGUGAAGAUCCGAAGCGACGCC